AUGGAGGUAUGCGACCCAUGCUGGACAUGUCGCAACCGGCGCAUUCAAUGCGACCAGUCCGGCACACCAUGCGCCAAGUGCGAGAAAGCGGGACUAGAAUGCUUCGAUAAACGCCCGUUCAGAUGGGUGAAAGGUGUGGCAAUUCGCGGCAAGAUGCAAGGCCGCUCAUUUGAGGGUAAAGCAGGAGACUCGUCUUCUGCUUUGAAGCCUGUACGGUCACCAGUCAAGAAACCUCGCACGCCGGUCAGUGGCGAAACCCUGCAUAGUGCAUUACAAGACCCAUCUACAUCGCACUUAGAUCACGUUUCAAAGUAUUACAUAGAUUAUUGUGAGUCUAGAUGCGAAGCGCAAGAGAACAAGCAUACUGACAAGAUGUCAGAUAACGAACGAAUAUGCAAGUUAUUCAUUGUCUACGACAGCGACAAAAACCCACUCCGGAGUCUGAUCCCUUACGGAAUGAAAGAGCCAAUCUUACAAAAGGCCAUUCUUGCUCUGGCGGCGCGGCACCACGUCAACUCAGGGCAGCCGUUUCAUCAACUUCAAGCGCCGACCUCUCCUGAUCUCAUCAAUGCUAAUCGAGACGCACUGCUUUUCAAGCAUCAAGCUAUGGAAGCUCUAUCCCGGGCCCUAGGCAAUGCAAAUUCAGACUCAUCCAAAAAGGAUACUACUGUUGCUAGUAUCUUUCUGCUCAUAUUUUUGGAUCUUUUGGAGUCUGGGAGUGAUGGCUGGAACUUUCAUCUCGAGGGUGCUAAGAGCUUGAUUUCUUCUCGGCGAUUGAUGGGGGACACUGGUAUCAACGAUGGGCCUGGUCAGACCAUUCAAGAGAUUCGAGGUUUUAUUGCUAAGCAAAUACACCUGAUUGAGACUCUGGGAGCAACCUUCCUACGACCCAAGCUACUAUCCGAAUUCAUUUCCGCUGACGAAGAAGACGCCCAGUCCCAAGAAGCCAUCGAGAAAUCUUUUCUUGGGUGCCCGGAAUACUUGUUGAAAGCGAUACAAUUCCUCUCGAAUGAACGAGAUACUAUCGCAGCAUCGAAGCUCGAUCAAGCCGCCAUCCAAACACAUAUUCAAGAUACAACAGCCAUGCUGUCUCUUAUCCAGAAUUUUGACUGUUACGCUUGGGUCUCAAGCCUUCAAACUUCCAGCCAAUCAACCCCAAACAAAAUAAGCAACCUCUGCACCCUAUCGCAAGCAUACAAGAUCGGGGCUUCGAUAUAUGGUAGACGAGUCCUGGAUGCCCUCACAGACGAUGUCACCUUACAAGAUGACUUGUUGUCGGAGCUAUUGGGUCUUAUUGAUGCAUUGAAAGAGGACGAGGCCCUCUUCAAGUGUAUUCUAUGGGCUAUCUUCGUCGCGGGUCUGGAAUGUCGCACUCAAGCACAAAGGGAUUUCCUUGUUGAAUGUUUAGAGAAGUUUUGGGUGGCGACUAGUUGUUUGAAUGUCGUUAAUGCGGCGAAUAUCUUACGGGAUUACUGGCAGCAAGAGGAUAAAUUGGAGGUUUCUUCGCGGUGGAUCUUCGACAUUGGACGGUUAGGUCGGGACUGGCUUCUGAUAUAA